CAACAUACCAGAGUCAAAGAAAGCAUUACAUUUGUUGAUAACAUAAACGAGUAAUGCAGGAAACAUUUAGAGAUGGAGACGUAGGUCCAGCAGGUCCGGGUGGCCCAGAGGUGCAAUUACUAGCUCUUCAGGCGAAAAUUUGGGCGGCAUUUCAUGUGUUUGACCAUGACGAAAAUGAUACUGUUGAUAUCAGAGAAAUUGGUACAAUAAUGAGGUCUCUCAACUGUUGCCCCAGGGAGGGUGACUUACAGGAUAUGCUAUUUGAGAUUGAAGAUGAAGAAUCUACAGGAUAUGUGAGAUACGAUCGAUUCCUACCUGUUAUGACUCGUAUUCUUCAAGAGGACAAGUUUAAGCCAGCUCCUGAAGAAGUACUGUUGAAGGCAUUCCAAGUUCUGGAUAUGGACAACAAGGGAUAUUUAUCUUCUGAAGAAUUUAUGCAAUUUAUCAGAGUUGAGGGGGAGCCCUUCUCACAGGAAGAAAUGGAAGAGACUUUGUCAGCUAUGGCCGAUGCUGAAACUGGAAACAUUGACUACAAGCGGUUUGCAUCAAUGAUAGCUGUCGAGUCUGCUUACUAGAUAUGUUGGAAAUGACUCAGAAACACUCGAGCAGCAACUUCUAUUCAGUCAUGAGCACAUUAUCAGUACGUUGCUAUGUGUGUACACAGUAAUGACACAUGCAUGAUUAUAAAGAUGUAUAAUGAGCGAGGUGAUGGUCUUGGCUUUGUAGAGUAAAAGCAUCCGGAAUAGGAAGAAACUGUUAUUUUGGGAUUAGGCUAUGCAGUAAUUCAUUAUUAAUCAUGCUAUCUUGCCAACAUCUUGUACAGAAAUAAGUUAUCUGCAGUUGCAUUUUGUAACAGAAAUAGUCAUAUACAUUGCUAGUCAUUUUUAAUACCACCAAUGUGUACAUGCAUAUACGUACAUUACUUUGUAUAACAUUCAAUACAGUUGUAACUGUAACAGAUUUACUUCAUACUUGCUUUACAGUUGUUGCACCAUUAACCAAGCUAUGUUUCAUUAUCAGAGUACAAAAGAAGAAAUACUACAACAAUAGGCGUAGUUUGGGUGGAGAUGUUCAAACCAUAGACACACACAUCCCACUUAUAGCCAUGAAAAGUUCACCUAUUCAACUAAACUCAUUCGAAAUUUCAUCGAUACAGUAUCCUAGCUGCAAUAAUUUUUUUAAUUUUUUACAUUUAUAUUAUAUUUCAUUGGUUACUACAGUAUACGUAGGUUGUGCAUACAGGGUAUGCAUAUAUGGGCAUGCAAUGCACUUGCCACGAACACACACAGUAGCAGCAAAAAAUGGCACGUAUUCGUAUAAUCUUUCAUCUUCAUCUACCUUUAGCGAUGGCAUUCUAAGACCAGCGCUUUAUACAGAUAUUACACACAGCAGGACAAUACAGUUUGUCAAUUUCAUGCCACAUACUCAGGACGUAGCUAACUCGUUUUUCCCAGGGGGAAGGGGGAACAAAGCCAUAUAUAUGUGCGCUUUGUGUGCUUGGCAGCUGACUGUAGCCAUCAGCACAUCAGCACAUCAAUGUGUAUAAUGGCAUCUACAUUGGAAUGGCGGUUGUGGAAUGUUCCUCCUCACUAGCUAUGGCCCUGCACACCCAUUCGCCCAAAAACAUCAAACAGCCUGCUGUUAAAAGUAGAAUAAACAUCCGUUUUUGGAUAUUUAUAAAAGAGAACUUUAUAAAACACAGACUCUUCAGUGGCGACUAGUAGCACGUUAUCACACAUACAGAAUUACUGCACAUUCUACACGAGCUAAGAGUAGUGAACACGUCACGACUCUUACUCUAGGUGUAGUGCUGUAGCAGCACAGAUCAUUAUCCAGCCAUUUUGAGAAAGGAAUGUCAUUUGAGAUGAGCACUUUUCUCUCCAAUAACUUACUGUUGAAGAAACGCACUGCUAAUAGUUAUAACCUCUGGUUAAACUUACACGAGCGUAUCAAUAACAACAGGUAAAAAGCUAUGUACGUUUGUACUACAUAGGUAAAUAACACAUAGGUAAUUAAGUGACUACAUGUUACCGCAUGUAUCAGUAUAUAUUUAGCUGCUACUGAAAGUAAAAUGGAUACAUAAAAUACAUCAACCAAAGUCCCCAUCAAACAACCACAGAAAAGCAUCGCCUAAUUAAACCUAAAUUAAAAUCUUUGGCAGUUACGUUUUCCGAUGAUGACAGAUAAUUUCCAUGUAUUAUCUAUGUGACAAAAUAUAAGCUGCAAUAAACUGACCCUGCAUAACUUAUAUGUAUCUAUGAUUAUGAGAUGAAUGAUAAUUAAGUCUUUGUAUGGCACUUGGUUUACUACAAAAAUAUGUUACUUGAUUACGUGUAAACUGUAAAGAAAAAUAAAUGUGAAUGAAUUGCACACUCUUGUGCAUAAGUUAUCAUA